AGAUCGCGCAUGCCCGCCCGACCGUCAUCCAAAUAUAAACAUUAGAGCACGUUAUUAUUUACACUAUGGGUUUUUAGAAGCAAGCUGACUGUCAGAGCCACACACUUCGGGAAUUUUGUGAAUUUUCAAUAAAUAUGGGUUUACUGUCCGAGGGCUCUCCACUGGACUGGCCGGAAACGAAAGCCAAGGCAGAUCACGUGCGGAAACAUGGCAUCAAGCAAUUUAUCAAUCUGUACCACAAACUUCAGGACCGAACCAAAGAUGUCCUUUACUGGGGUGACGAGAUAGAGUAUAUGUUGGUCAAACUGAACAAUGAGCAGAAGAAAGCCCAGCUGGCCCUGUGUGCUGAACCUAUCCUGAAGACACUACAGAAGGCGGAGAACGACAACCCCAAGAACCAUCCCACAACAUGGAGACCCGAGUAUGCCAAUUAUAUGGUGGAGGGCACCCCCGGGAAACCUUACGGAGGAAUGAUGGCUCAUUUCAAUGUAGUCGAGUCCAACAUGAGACUCAGAAGAGAGGAAAUUCAGAAAUGGUGUGGGAAGGACAUAGUCCCUCUGUGUCUGACUUCUUUUCCCAGAACUGGAAGUCCUGGAUUCACUGACCCGGAACAUCCACCCACACCCUCUGAUGGAGCCUCCCACUCACUCUUCUAUCCGGAUCAGGCCAUCUUCCCCGGACAUCCACGAUUUAAAACAUUAACCAGAAACAUUCGUCAGAGAAGGAAUAAAAAAGUAGCAAUAAACAUUCCAGUGUACAAGGACAAGAACACAAGGUCGCCUUACCUGGACGACUUCGAGGCCCUGGGGGACGAUGGAGAGGCUCGGGCGGGGGCCAAGCCUGACCACAUCUACAUGGACUGUAUGGGCUUUGGGAUGGGCUGUAGCUGUCUUCAAGUCACGUUCCAGGCCUGUAACAUCACCGAGGCUCGGACACUGUACGACGAGCUGGCCCCACUCUGCCCUAUCAUGCUGGCCCUUAGUGCUGCUGCUCCUAUAUUCCGCGGCCAUCUUGCUGAUAUUGAUGCGAGGUGGACAGUUAUAUCUCAGUCUGUUGACGAUCGGACGGACGAGGAGAGAGGAGAGAAGCCUUUAAAAGAGAACAAGUUUGUGAUCAAUAAAUCCCGCUACGACUCGAUCGACAGUUACCUUUCGCCCUGUUACCGAUGUUGUAAUGACCUUGACCUUGUUUAUGAUCAUGACAUCUACAAGGAACUCAUCGCAGCCAAUGUCGACGAGCCUCUCUCCAAACACAUCGCUCACCUGUUCAUCAGAGACCCUGUCUCACUGUUCAGUGAAAAAGUCAACCAGGAUGACGAAAAAGAUACAGACCACUUUGAGAAUAUCCAGUCCACUAAUUGGCAGACCAUGAGGUUUAAACCUCCUCCCCCCAACAGUAACAUCGGAUGGAGGGUGGAAUUCAGACCAAUGGAGGUCCAGUUGUCUGACUUUGAGAAUGCAGCCUACACAGUGUUCAUUGUCCUCCUGACUCGGGUCAUCCUGACGUACGGUCUGAGCUUUGUGAUCCCGAUAUCUAAGGUUGAUGAAAACAUGAAAACAGCUCACAAUAAAGAUGCAGUCCUCAAUGACAAAUUCUACUUCCGGAAAGAAAUCUUCACAGACUGUACCCCCGAGGAGUUCACCAAGUGUAUGCCCGAGUGCUGCUCCGAGUCCAAAUGUCAGACCAAAACCGAGGACCAGUGUCAAUUAAUGAGCAUCGAUGAAAUCAUCAAUGGCAGCGCUGACUUCCCUGGAAUGAUUCCUCUCAUCAACCAAUACCUAAACAGUAUGGAGGAUAUGGAUCUGGACGUGGACACCAGAUGUACGAUAUCCAACUAUCUCAACCUGAUAUCUCACCGAGCCUCAGGUAAGUCGGAGACCACUGCCCGGUGGAUGAGGACAUUUGUGCUGCACCACCCGGACUACAAACAGGACUCGGUGGUGUCUGAUCGCAUUAACUACGACCUGAUGAAGGCUUGCAUCGACCGCAGCAAGUGCUGCAUGUCUGCUACCAAGACCAACCUGACGAUUCCCGAGGCCCUCAUCAAGUCGGAGAACUAUCUCAACAAGAAGAACCCGUUCACUUACACCAACACCAUGCGGGAGGACAUGGUCAACGGGGAGUAAGGAGCCACCCUCACUGACCACUCUCCAUCACCGACCACUCAGAUCAGCCAAUCAAUGACUGCGGGUCGUCGGAAAAACUGUAGCAUUGUUAUACACAAAACUUGAUAAUUAAAAAGUGUUGAACUGUUUAUAUAAGAAAUCCUAUUGAUACAAUCCCUGUUCUUUGUAAUGGUGUUGACACAGAAAGGUUUGGUUAGUAGGUAAUUAAUAUCACUGAAAUGUCAGUUAUUGGAUCCAAUUUUAAUAUUCUUUAUGAGAGAUUUUUUUAUAUGGAAAUGUCUAUAUUUCAGUGAAAAUUAAAGUACAAUUAUAUAAAUUGAUAAUCUUCA